GGGACCCGCGCGUGGGGGCGGGGCCGCGGCCCCCUGGGCGGUGAGCGCAGAUGGCGGCGGCGCAGGGCGUCUGAGCGGGCGGGGGCCAUGAGCGCCGCCCGGUCCCAGUUUAGCAUCGAUGACGCCUUCGAGCUGUCCCUGGAGGACGCGGGUCCUGGGCCAGAGUCCAGCGGGGCGGCCCGCUUCGGGCCGCUGCACUUCGAGCGCCGGGCUCGGUUCGAGGCUGCUGACGAAGACAAGCAGUCCCGACUACGCUAUCAGAACCUGCAGAAUGAUGAAGAUGUAGCCCAGCCUUCUCCGGAACCAGAUGGGGGAGUCUGCACCAGGAUCUCCUUCUUUGCUUCCCCCUGCCCCUCACUGGGCCUGUCCUGCAGGGAUUCUGGCCGAACAUCCAUCCGCAGUUCCCAGUGGUCUUUUAGUACCAUCAGCAGCACCACCCAGCGCUCCUACAAUGCCUGCUGCAGCUGGACCCAACAUCCUCUCAUCCAGAAGAACUGCAGGGUAGUGCUGGCCUCCUUCCUGCUCCUGCUGCUGGGACUGGUGCUGAUCCUGGUCGGCGUGGGAUUGGAGGUGGCCCCCUCGCCAGCAGGUGUCUCUAGCGCCAUCUUUUUCGUGCCAGGCUUCCUGUUGCUGAUCCCUGGAGUCUACCACGUGAUCUUCAUCUACUGCGCUGUGAAGGGCCACCGAGGCUUCCAGUUCUUCUACCUGCCCUACUUUGAGAAGUGAGCCUCACCCGGAUGGCCAGACACCCGUGAUUCAAGCCCUGGGACACUGUGUCACCUCCAUGGGGUGCUCCUCGGACCCUUCACCUGUUGUGCUGGCCCCAUCUCAAAAUCAGGUCCUCCAGGAGUGUUGCAAUGCCAGCCCCCUCGGGAGUUUGCUCAGGAAGUUUGGGGGUGCAGGCCCCACUGGGAACACCACUCCUCUCUUGCUCUGUGCCUUAACAUAUUCUCAGGCCUGGGGGCAACAGGGGUGUUACUUUGUGCUAAUAAAAAGAUAGUUAAUUCCA